UCCGCGUUGACUCCUCUCGCCGCGAGUAAUCGCACGAGCCGAACGCGAUAGCCGGAGGUGCUCGGCGCGAGAGGAGCCUGGCCAUCUUGGAUGAGGCAUGUCGCUUUCGGGUAAACGCGAACGGCGCAGUGUUUAUCGCGCGAUGGACGCCCGCUCCGGCUCUCUCUAAUAAGCCGACACCGGGAUCGUGUCGAGCGCACCGCGUCUCGCCCGAGACGACCGAGCGUCAAUAACGUCCGAUCGGUGAUCGCGCGAUCCUGCUCGUCUCCGUCUCCAUCGGCUUCGUCUCCGUCACGACACGCGCGGACGUGCUGUCAAGUUGGUGGUGAUAUCUGCGCCGCAUGAUGAAUCGCGGUGACGGGCUGGUGCAGCGACGACGCGUGGUGAACAGCGGCGGCAGCGGUCACGGCCAGGAUGGCUCGAAUACGGAUCUCGUCGGCCACAACGACAAGUCGUCCGGCCAGAGCCCGGGCAUGGAUUGUUCGUGCCAGAAGGAUUUCAACUGCAAUCCCACCGUCGACGACGAUUCUGACAAAGAGACGCGACUGACCCUCAUGGAGGAGGUCCUUCUGCUCGGUCUCAAGGAUAAAGAGGGGUAUACAUCCUUCUGGAACGAUUGUAUAAGUUCUGGAUUGAGAGGAUGUAUCUUAGCGGAACUUGCCUUUCGGGGCAGAGUAGAACUAGAGAAAGCUGGCAUGCGUAAAAAGAGCUUGCUGGCCAGAAAGCUUCUUCUAAAAAAUGAUGCACCUACAGGAGACGUAUUAUUGGAUGAGGCUUUGAAACAUUUAAAAGAUACAGAUCCACCUGAAACUGUACAGAGUUGGAUAGAGUAUCUUAGUGGAGAAACAUGGAAUCCAUUAAAAUUGAGAUAUCAAUUGAAAAAUGUCAGAGAGCGGCUGGCGAAAAAUCUUGUCGAGAAAGGUGUCUUAACUACAGAAAAACAAAAUUUCUUAUUAUUUGAUAUGACAACUCAUCCUCUUACCGACAACCUUGCCAAAAGCCGUCUCGUGAAAAAGAUCCAAGAAGCUGUGUUAGGUCGUUGGGUGAAUGAUGCUGCUCGCAUGGAUAGACGAACAUUGGCAUUAGUCAUUUUAGCUCAUGCAGCUGAUGUACUAGAAAAUGCAUUUGCACCAUUAUCGGAUGAUGAUUAUGAAGUAGCGAUGCGAAGAGUACGGACAUUAUUAGAUCUCGACUUUGAGGCAGAAGCUUAUAAAUGUAACGCGAACCCGGUACUUUGGGCUGUAUUUGCUGCAUUCACCAAGUAACAGUUACUAACUCUUAAAUUUCGUGGACGCGGAAUAGUUUUCUACUAUUAAAUUUUAUCAUUAUGUAUUGUAUAAUACGAUUACUCUAUAAUAAUACACUAAUGUGAAUAAUGAAUCUAUUGAUUUUGCAUGUUUUUUAGUUGCAAUAAUUAUACAAAAUGCAAACCUUGUUACAUUAUAAGAUGAUUUAGACCAAAUAACUCGUAUUCGACCACAUAGAAAACUUUUUAAGAGAUUUUAUUCAUUUCUGUUAUUGUUAUUUAAUACAUAUUUGAUAGUUGAUUAACAGAUAUUCAUAUUUAAAUAUUAUAAAAGAAUAAAGGAGAAUCAGGAGCUUUUCCAUUUUUUAGUGAUUUAUCUGAAGCAUUUUGUGAAUAUUUGCUAUCAUGUAAAACAAAUAAUGGUAAGAGUAACUUACAUCAUUACAAGGAUUGAAGAAUUUUGAAAGUGUUAUCUGAAUGUAUGUCUUUGUGCUGAAUAGUAUUGUCUUAUUUAGCAAAGACUGUAUUAAACUCUCUUCAGUCUUUUUACUUUUUACUAUUGUGUUUUAUUAAUUGUUUGUAAACAUAAGAUAAAGGACGCUAUGCGGGUUGCCUCAAAAUGAAUAUUGGGCGCGAUAGGGUGUUGAAGAAGUUUGGAUAUAUAUAUAUAUUCUUAGCCAUAAUUUUGUGAAAUAUAAACGACUAUGUACAUAUAUUCCUUUAAAUCCUAAUUUUUAAUACAUAGUAUAUAUACGUGCCUCUUAGUUUAUAUAGAAUUUCGCAUUAUAUCUGCGAGUCGUUUAGAUUAAAUCGCGUUUCUUUAUAUAAAAUUUAAGUUUAAUUAAUCCAACAUACAUUUUAAAUUCUUCUCCAAGAAAUUAUUUUAGACAAAAUCUUCUCUUAAAACCAUUUAUUCUUUUCUUCGUUAUAUCAAUAAUAUUAAUAGAUAUGAAUAAAAUAUGAUUUCACAUACGGCUGACUUUUAUGCAACAUUAAACAAAAUGCCACAUUCCUGCUAAUCAUUUAAUUAUUAUCAAUUUUGUAAGAAAUUCUUAGCACAAUUAUUCCUAUCUAAACUUUUUCAUAUAGAUUAUUAUAUUGUUGCAAUAUCUUCUGAUAUAUAAAAAGAUUGUUCUGAUCAUAUUAUACCAUGUGGCAGUAAAGUACUCAGAUUUAAAACAAUGAAUUAUUUAUUAUUAUUGAUUACUAAUGAUUUUUAAAAUUUCUCAAUACUAGAAGACGCAAGCGAUUUGUUUUUUACCGUUUCUUAUUAUUAACUAAUAUUUUUUUUAUAUUAAAUGAUCUCAAAAUUUUCUUUAAUAUUUUAAAAUUUAUUCAGAAAUAAAGAGAACAAUUGAUGAAAAAGCUUUCUUUACCGUUAAUAUAAAAAAAGAUAUUGAUUUGAAAAAGUAAAAAUUAGAUAUAUGUCCGUUUGGUACUUCUAGUGUUAAAUAAAUAAUAAUUUCAUUGUAAUCUAAUAGUUAAACCUAUAAAUUAGUCCAUAUAAAAUUUACAAGUUGCUUUCAUUAAAGAUAAUGACAAGA